AUGCCUUCUAAUAAAGACCGGCUAUAUGUUGCUCUUUACGCAAGAGCUGGCAAGCCUAAGAUGCCAGGCAAAGAAGACACGUACCAUUGGGCCUUCAUUGUAGGGCCCAAAAAUGAGUCAAGUGAAAGCAGAGGUUUUCGUUACCACGCGAACGAGAUGCCAAAAUUGGGGCAGGGCUCUGAGUUCUUUUACCAGGAAAGCUAUUAUCGAAAUGCCUCCAACAUGCUACUGGUUCGUAUUGUCGUUGGAAAGGUCACAAAUAGAGCUCGCCUUCUUGAAAUACUGCGGACCAACCCUGUACAAAAUGACGAGCCAGGAUGGAAUUGUGUCUCGUGGAUACGGCAGGGACUGGAAAAGCUACAGUCCGAUAACAUGGCUUUAGGUACGAGCGUCCUUGACUGGGAAACCGUGAGGUAUGAGGCGAUGGAUUAUUGCCAACGGAAAAGAGACACGCGCCGGUUUGACGGACAGGGGGGGCAUCUUUGA